AAAAAAAGAGGAGAAUAGCGGAAGGUAAAUUAAAUGUUCUGUAAGGUGACUCUAAAAAGGCCUCAAGAAAGCAGCGAUAUUGGGAAUUCCCUCUUAGGGUCUGUACUUCCAGGCAAAGUGCCAUUCAGCUCUAGACUCGCGACCCUGCAAUGUCAACUCCAAGGUCACCAGAACGGCGAGGCCGAAACCGAGGUGACGUGUCAAGUCGAGCCCCUAUACCUUCAUCCACUGGCUGGACCAAUGGUAACCAAGACCCAUUACGAGCUCCUGGGCGUGAAGCACGAGGCCACCUUCGAGGAGACCCGAACGCCACGACAAAGCUCCAGCAGCUGCAGCGGGCGAUGGAGACACUCUCCGACCCCGACUCACGGGCCCGAUACGACGCGAGGACGAGGAGCACGGCCAGUCCGGCCAAGGCUCCGGGGAGGAAGGCCUAAUCUUCAUCUUCGGCGUACUCCUUCUCCUCCUCGUACGCGUCCUCCUCCUACCACUACUCCUCCUCCUCCUCUCCAGGCUCCUUUUCAACAUCGAAAUCUAAAUCAAAAUCGUUUCACAAAAAUAAACAAAAAAGAAACAAGGAGACUGAAAUAGGCUCGACGGUCUACAUGUGGCAUCUCCUAUUUCCCUUCAGAUACACGACAAUCGCAAUAGACAACACCUCGCCCAAGGAGAAGAAGGCCCGGAAGAGGAAGCGAUACCGACAAAACAAGAGGAAGGCGGCAUCGUUUCACUAAGAAGGGACGCCGGGACGGCAGGCAGGAGGGAGGCGUCAGGCUUUGUUGAGUCGUGUGGUGUUGUUGUGUUUUGUGGAGCUUGAUACCUUUUCUUGGUACUUCUUCUUGCUGCUUUAUUUUGUAUUGGCUGUAGCCUCUCCAGGUGUCUUGUCUCUCGUGAUCAAUGCUACAAGGGAAACAGUAGGAUUGGUCAAAUUAAUGCCUUUAUAUGGUGCAUCUUUAUACUUAUAGGAAGGCUUUUGGGCUUCUAUGGAGUGAGGCGUGAGGCGGUCUGUGUCUUCUGAAUAUUGAUACUUCUCGUUGUGUGCAAAGCUUGAUGCUUUAUAAUUGUUGCUUAAAUGACACUCCCAUAAGCAGUUUUAGGUGCGAGUGGGAUUUAAGGGUCUUAGUGAGCUCUGAUCUCCGUCCAAGGGCACAAUGCAUUCAAGCUAGAAAUCGUGCAACCACGGUACUAGGAUUCAUUUCAAGAAGCGUAAGCAAUCGAAGCGCCGAAGUCAUCCUCAAGCUAUAUUUAGCAUUAGUUAGACCUCAUCUUGAUUAUGCGGCUCAUUUCUGGUCACCUUACUACAAAAUGGAUAUAAAAAUGUUAGAAUCGGUAAAGAGGAGGAUGCCAGAAAUUAUUCACGGUUAAGAAUCUUGCCGUAUGAGGAAAGACUUAACAAUCAAACUUGGUUAUGUCUAGACCAUUUGUUCUUAACCUGGGCGGCGAGCCAGUCUGAAGGGUUCGGCGAAGAUCCUCCCGAAAGACAUUGCAAUUUUGCAAUUGAAUUCUAAGCAGAUUUUCCUUGAUACUUUUAUGGAUUAAAUUGGAAUCCAUUCUUUGUAUUAUCCGAAAUUAAUAUACUCUUGAAUUUUGAAGCAAUUUUUCUUCCACUUGUAAGUUUCUUUUUUUUUUCUUUAUACUUGAAGGGUUCGGCUACUGUGCGGAGGUUUUCGUUAUAGGGUUCGGCGCCUCUGAAAAGGUUAAUAACCACUGGUCUAGAAAGACAAAGGGUGCGUGGAUGCAUGAUCGAAGUUUAUAAAUGGAUGAAGGGCUUUAAUAAGGGGGAUAUUAAUAAGGUUCUGAUGGUAAGAGAACGGGGUCAGACACGUAAUAAUGGGUUUAAAUUGGAUAGAUUCAGAUUGAAAAAGGACAUAGGCAAAACCUGGUUUACCAACAGAGUGGUGGAUGAGUGGAACAGGCAUGGCAGCCAUGUUGUAAGUGCCAAUACGAUAGUCACAUUAAGAAGAGGUUAAAUCAAUUCAUGGACAGUGAUGUUAGGUAGGAUAGGCUCACAGGGACUGCCUUGUUCAGGCCUACUGGCCUCUUGAGUUCUUAUGUUCUUAUGUACUUUUCCUCCUAUUCAUGCUUCUGCUAAAUUGCCUGUAUUUUUCCCUCCUCCUCGUCCUUGCUUUCACCCUCUCUCUCGUCAUCUUCCUCCUCAUUUUAUUCCUACUGCUUCUCUUUCCCUGCUAUUUAUUUAUCCUAUUCCAUCUUUCAUCUGCUCCUUAUCCUUAUGCUAUUUCUUGACUUUCUUCUAUGCCUCUCCUGAGCCGUGUUCUCCGUGUCCUUGCAGCCACGUGUCCGGGAACUUCCUCAACUUCUCCCUCGACGGCGACACCUUCAGCCCCUACAGCCAUCUCGUCUUCCUGGACCUGAGCAACAACAGCCUGCGCGUCCUGCCCGUUGGGGUGUUCCUCGUGCUGGGUAGGCUCAAGAUUCUCGACCUUCGCGACAACCUGCUGACGGCCGUGUCCAACUCUACCUUCCUCGGCCUGUCCAACCUGCGGACCUUACACUUGGAAGGGAACGCAAUCUCUACUCUGCAUGGAUGGGCGUUCUACGGACUGUCUUCCCUCUCCAUGCUAGAUCUAAGUCACCAGCGUCUCGCCAGGCUCCAUCGACAUGCAUUCCUGGGCCUCCGAAGUCUGCUCAGUCUAAACGCGUCCAACAACAGGCUUCAGAGGCUGAGCAGCGGCUCCCUCAGCGGAUUAUCCACUCUGCUGUCCUUGGACCUUCGAGACAACCAGCUGUCCGUGGUGGAGCCCUCUUCUCCUCCCUCUCCUCCCUCCAACAGCUGUAAGUCCCUCCACAGCACAGAGAAACACUUCUCUGUGGUCGGUGUCUACCAGUACCGUGGACAAGAAACAGAACUUGCCAGUGUGGUAGCCCGCAGCUCCGGCACUUUUGAAGCGGCCGGGGGUCUUCUGAGAGAAAGCAGAUUUGCCUGA